AUGACACAACCGGUGCCUCCUAGAACAUCUGCUCACAAACCGUACCUUGACGCCAUCCGUGCGACACUUCAAGCGGCAUUUUGUAUUGAAAAUUUCGAAUCCCAAGUUGUCGAACGACAUAAUAAACCUGAAGUUGAAGUGAAAUCUUCGAAACAAUUACUACUCAAUCCAGUUGUGAUUAGUCGUAAUCAAAAUGAACGAAUUCUUAUUGAAGGUUCUGUGAAUUCCGUCCGAAUAAGUAUCGCUGUGAAACAAGCGGAUGAUCUUGAGAAGAUCCUAUGCAAACGUUUAAUGCGUUUUAUGAUGCAACGAGCUGAUGAUUUUCAUAUCCUUCGACGUAAACCCAUUCCUGAAUAUGAUAUUAGUUUUUUAAUUACGAAUUUCCAUGCUGAAACCAUGUACAAACAUCGUUUGGUUGAUUUCAUAAUCUAUUUUCUCGAAGAAAUCGACAAAGAAAUCAGCGAAAUGAAGCUAGCAGUUAGCUCACGUGCUCGAAUGUGUGCCGAAGAAUUUUUGAAAAAAUUCAACUAG